AUGGAACAUUUAAGCGGUCCACAAUUAAUUCAAAAAGCUGGUCAACUAAUUUCUGAAAAUAAAUUGGAUGAAGCUGUUAAAAUUUUUGGUUUUCUUGUUGAAAAAUUACCUGAUGCUUAUUUACCUUUGUUGAGUAGUUUAAUUCAACUAGAAAGAUAUGAGGAAGCAAAAAUUGAUGCACCUGGAAAUACUACUUUACAUUCUGUUGGAUAUGCUCGAUUAGCAAAAUGUUAUAAAGAACUUGGUCAGGUUGAGGAAGCUGAAAAAUUAUUAAGAAAACGUCAAGAACUUGAAAAAAAAGUAAUAUCUCAAAAAUUAAGAUUACAAGGAAAUGAACUUUAUAAAAAACAAAAGUAUAAUGAAAGUUUAGAAAAAUAUUUAAAAGCAUUUGAAAUGAAUCCAAACGAUUUAUUGGUUAAUUCUAAUUGUGCUCAAGUUUAUUUGAAACUUGGUAAAUUGGAUGAAGCUCUCGAACAUGCUGAAACUUGUAUUCGAUUAGAUCCACAAUGGGCGAAAGGAUAUUAUCGUAAAGGUUGCAUUUUACUUGAGAAAAAUAAAUUUCAUAAUUCAAUUUCCGCAUUUCGAUUAGCCAAACAUUAUGGUGCUCAAGAAUCUGAUUUAGAAAAGAAAAUUGAAUAUGUUAAUAAACAAAUUAGACAACAAAAUAAAAAUGUUUCUAAUAACAAUAAUACUUUUCAUAAUCUUUUACCUAAAUUUAAUUUCUCUUUAUUCACUACUUCUGUAUUCUUGGUGGUUUUGAUUUCUAUAAUCGCUUGGUUUUUUGUAGACAUUUCGAUUUUUAAUUCCUUUAAAAAAUUCUUUUUAUGGUUAUUAGACUCUUAUUUUGGUGAUAUUUGGUGA